UGUUGAUGCGAGUCUCAGAAAUAGGAAAGUCUCCGUAUCGUACACAUUUUCAUCUUUGAAGUGUUCAAUUUUUAAAAAAUAAUGGGGAUCAAAGUGUAGUUUGAGCCUCCCAAGGGAGAAGAGAGUGUACCUAGACUUCGAAACAACUUUGUUUUACUAUCUUAUACCGGCAGCAUCAUUUCAUUCAUGAGCAUCUGGUUGACCAUUUUGAUUUAUGUGUAGGUGGAAGAUCUCUCUAGAAUCUAUAGGAUUUCCCAGCGAAUACCUGGAUUCUUUAAACUUCUUGUCGAUUUAUUCAAGGAGCAUAUUACAGCUGAAGGUACGGUAUUGAUCCAACAGGAAGAAGAAGCUGCUAACAAUCAGACUGCAAGAGGGUCUAGCAUCCGUGGACAUCAGGUACUAAUCAGAAAAAUUAUCAAGGCCCAUGACAAGUAUAUGGCAUAUGUCAAUGAUUGCUUUAUGAUUGAUACUAAGUUUCACAAGGCACUGAAGGAAGCAUUUGUGAUAUUUUGCAAUAAAACUGUUGCUGGCUGUACCACUGCAGAACUAUUAGCUGCAUUUUGUGAUAAUAUCCUAAAAAGGAGAGGGAGUGAGAGGCUGAUUGAUGAAGCAAUUGAAGAAAAUCUUGACAAGGUAGUCAAGUUGCUUGUUUAUAUCAAUGAUAAGGAUCUUUUUGCAAAAUAUUGCAGGAAGAAUCUUGCCCGCAGAUUACUUUUUACCCCGGAUGCUAAUGAGGAGCAGGAGAGGAUUCUUUUAUCAAUGCUAAAGCAACAGCUUGGGGGAAAUUUCCCAUUGAACAUGGAGAGAAUGGUUAAUGACAUGAUAUUGGCCAGGGAAUGUCAAAGUCAAUUUUUGAAGCAUCUUCAUAAUAAGAAAAUUCAAAAUCUUGGAAUGGACAUCACAGUUACUGUCCUUACUACAGGGUCUUGGCCAACUUACAAAACAUUUGAUCUCAAUCUCCCUUCCAUGAUGAUUAAAUGCAUGGAAGUUUUCAAGAGAUUUUAUGAUUUAAGAUACGGGAGAAAGACAAGAAGACUUAGGUGGAUUUACUCAUCGGGGACAUGCAAUGUCAAUGGCAACUUUGAACCAAAAAUCAUUGAACUAAUUGUAUCCACAAGUCAGGCUGUUAUCCUGCUGCUAUUCAACAAUGCAGAUAGAUUGAGCUAUUCAGAGAUUAUGACUCGGCUGAACUUGAGCCACGAAGAUGCAGGUAGAUUACUCCACUCGCUGUCCUGUUCGAAGUAUAAGAUACUUAACAAGGAGCCCAACACAAAAUCUAUAUCUCCAAAUGACAUCUUUCAGUACAACUCUAAAUUUACUGACAAAAUGAGGAGGAUCAAGAUCCCCAUUACACAGCAUGAGGACAAAAGGAAGAUGGUUGAAGAUCUCGACAACGAUAGGCAGUAUACCAUUGACGCUGCAAUUGUGCGCAUUAUGAAGAGCAGGAUGGUUUUGGACUAUCAGCAACUGCAAUCGGAGUGUGUCGAGAUGUUAAGCCCCUUGUUCAAGCCUGAAAUCGAAACAAUCAAGAAACGCAUUGAACAUCUCAUUGCAACGGACUAUUUGGAAAGGGACAGAGAUAACCAAAAUAUAUUCAAAUAUGUGGCAUAAUGGAAGCAACUAAUGUGCAGUGGCCAAUGUUUAUUGUCUAGUAGUUAAAUGUAGUUAAAUGCAUGAUAGAAUGAUUGCUCCAUGCUUCUUUGUCGAUUGUUGUAGACAACAGAGGCUAUAAAUAUUUGGAAAGGAAGAAUUACUGAAAAGAAAUUGUUAAAAUACGUGUCUAGCAACAUAAGAUAUAAUACAUUUUUUUCAUCUUA